CACACACUGACAAUUCUAUAGAGACUUUCCGUAUGCUACGUGUCUGUCUCCCUAACGUCAGUCACGUCAUCACACGCGUGGCCACCGGUGACCCAGCCCUCACGCCACAAUUCAUGCAGUGCAGUCAAUGGAAACUCAUCUCUGAAAACACCUGUCCGUCCGUCCCCCCGCCCGUCCGUCAGCCACUCUCUCCUCCCUCCCUCUCCUCUCUCUGAAACCGCCGUAUCGUCUCACCAAUCCCUUCCAGAAGACCGGCACCACCAGAGAGCGGCGGAGGUGUCGGCGGCUUCCAAUCCGUGUGGUCCAGGAAGUUGGCACGCAGCAACGUGUUGGGAGCCAACAGGAUCGGCACCAGGAAAUUCCGCAACGCGCAGAUGGGUUCGAGGGCGAUCUGCAGCGCCACCCCGUAAACCCAGGCCUUCAUCGACAGGAAGGCAAUCCGCCCCAGCCGGUUCCUCUCAAAGCGCCGCAGCGCGCGGUCGAUGUCGGCCUCGUCGUCGAUCCUCGGCUCGAAAGGCUGCGGCUGUCGGGGUGGGGGGAAGUCGAUGGGGCCGAUGUUCAUGCCGAUGGAGGCUAUGCGACCCGCCGAGGGCGACGAGGGGGAGGAUGUCUGAGUGGCCGGCGGGCGUCGACCCAGAAUGGGCGUGAGCACUGAGCAAAGCUCCACUGCAUCCUCGAUAGCCGCAGCACCACCCUAAGACACAUACAUAGACAACAGAGAGAGAUGCGCAAGGACAGACAGACGUGUGUGGUUGGGGGAGGGAGGCUCCGUGCGUGUGUGAGUGAGUGAGUGAGCGAGUGAGUGAGUGAGCCGGCCUACCUGUCCCAGGUUGGGUGUCAUGGGAUGUGCACUGUCUCCAAUGAGAGUGACUCUCCCCUUGCCCCAUGGCCUGAAAGACGGAAACCGGUGGCGGAUGUCAGACAGGACGAUGUCCUCCGCCGGGGUGGCCUGCACCAACUGGAUGAUGGGAUGGACAAACCAUCCACACACAGACGCCAGCCAGAGAAGAUGAUGCCAGCCGCCUGGUGGGUGUGUUGGUAUGUACCUACCUGGUAGACUUGGUGUCCCCAUCCCUCGACCAGUCUGGCGGCAUAUGCCUUGCGCCCCGUGGCGUUGACGGAAAUGGCCGGCACGUCGCCCGCCAGAGCAUUGAAACACACAAACCAGUACACACGGUCCUCACUUAUCUGCGCCGAACCGAACCGAACCCCCUCACCGAACACCUGGGUUUGGUUUGACACACAUGCGGGGGGGUGGGUCACCGGGGUGGUGUCUUGUCUCGCCUCACUCACUCACUCAGUCACUCUCUCUCACCUGUCCGACGACUCCUUCCUUGAGCAGCACUGAUUUGCCGCGUCCGAGUGAUGGCUCCCACGGCAUGCCGCCCAUCGACAGGGGAAAAGUCGGCCGAAGCCGAGCCACCCCACGAAACGCCUUGUACCCAGCAUACCUGCACACAAGUGCCAACGAAGGUAUGAGGACACAUUGGUGGCGAUCACACACGUGAGAACCGUGUCGUCUCCCACCUCGGUGGCGGCUCUCUGGGUGCGAUGGAGGCCCUGACGGAUGAUCUGAUGCCGUCGGCUCCCACCACAACCCGCGCCCUUAUCUGCCGUCCGUCCUUGAGAGUGACCAGCACGGGUCGUGAGCCGGUGCCCUCGAGGACCUCCUCCACCUCAGCCGAGUAGAAGAUGCGGUCACGCGGCACACCCGACAGCAGCUCACGCAGCAGCUGCCCUCGCAACACCUGAACAACAAAACGAUUCAUUUCAAAGACACACCUGAGCUGUGUGUGAGAUGGAUGGAUGUAUGGAUGUACCUGUCUGAACUCAUGCGGCCCGUUUGCGCACUCAUCGACGUUAAAGUCGACGAGCACGCCGCCCUCCUUCGAGGCCAGGCAGACCUCCUUGUUGAGCACAUAGCCCGCCCGCAUGGCGUUGUCCACCCGCAGGUAAGACAGGGCGCGCCACGCCUGCGUCCACAGACCUAUCGCCGUACCACUGCCUCAGACAGACAGACAGACAGACAGAUGGGAAGACAUGACAUGCAACGACGGUUCUUUCCUUCACCCCACCCAGGUACCCUUCCCUCAGUCGCGGAGAGGCUUCGACGAGACAGCAGUCGACCCCCGCUUGCGUCAGGCCCCUCAUCAAUGCAGCGCCGCUCAACCUGACCACACACACACACACCACACGCACACAGCGCGUCACGACGAAGUCAUGUCAGUCAGUCUGUCUGAUCUCACUCACCCGCUGCCCACAACGAGCACGUCCACAGACGAAGGGAGCGACGCGACCAGCGGGUUUGGGGGCGGGGGCAGCUCGUCCGGCACAAUCGACGCAAUCCUCUCACCCACCCCCUUGGCCCGCGCCCGCGCCCCACCGAGGAUCCUCUUUAGCCGCUCCCUGUUGUCCUUCACGCCCUGCUGGAAGCUCUUGCCGAUGGCCGACAGCCGCUCGCGAAGACCGGUGGGCAGCCGAGCGGCGGGCAAGACGAUGGGCGGGGGAGACGCGUAGCUCGGCGGCCAGGCCUGCAGGAAGGUCACACAACCACAACCACAACCACACACACACACACACGAAGGAAUUAGUGAUCAAGGUAAUAGGUACUUGCACACAGAACAGGUGUGGUAUGUGUGCGCGCGUGUGGUGGGUGGUGUGUGGUGGGUGGUGGUGUGGGGUAUGUGUGUGGGAGCAUUCAGGGGGGCAGGGCCGCAUUGCUGGUAGCUGGCUGGCUGCUUGGCUGGCUGGCUGGCCGCUUGGCUGAUUGCGGGAGGAAGGCCGGAGCACCCUCCACGAUUCACUAACAGCAUUAUCACUCACUCAUUGACAGCCACAGACAGGCGUGCACACCAAUACGAGUCAGUCAGUCAGUGAGGAAGAGAGGCAUUCGGGGCCUUCUUCAUGGCUAAGAGACAAAUAUCGUCUAAACCGCGCAGGCCCACACAGAGACACACACCUACAAUCGCCUCCUGCCUCAUCCGGCACGGCACACACACCCAGACAGCGAUACAUACACCUCCACUCCAUCCAUCCAUCCGUAGGGACCAGAUGGCUGACCUCGGGAAACAAC